CGAGGAGAAACAAACAAGAGGUAAUUGCGACCCCCGACUCCUCCUUCCGCCCCCUGUGGAUAACCUCGGGAUCCCAAUAGCCAGCGGUAGCUCCAUCCCCCAGAAUUCAUUAUAUAGCUGCCGCACCGUCCGGGCUGGAGAGACAGGGCACCGGACAGAGGAUGAUGAGGCGCAGAACGUCACCGUCCAACAUGAAGUUCAGUCUUUUCCUUCUAUGCUUCCAUGCUGCCACGCUCUUUGUAACAGCUCACCGCAGUGCUUUGAAUGAUUACCAGCGCUCCAAGGGGUUGGAGUUGGUGCAUAUGAACAACGGAGGAGUAAAGCAAGAGAUACAGUCGGAAAUUCAGGUCUGUGCCAAGCAGUGCUCUGACCUUCUGGACUGCAGAUCCUUUGUUUAUAACUGGAAGAGCCAAAGCUGCCGCCUGCUCCCUUGGACACAGAAUUCUGCCAAUGUUCUUCUGCAGAGAAAUGUGCAGUAUGACUUGUACCAGAAGAAAGACUACAUCCGUGACUGUGUGGCGGGCAAUGGAAACACAUACAGAGGGACCGUUUCCAAAACCAAGAGUGGAAGGACUUGCCAACGCUGGAGGCUGAAAUUUCCCCACGAUCACAAGUUCUCGCCAAUACAUUGGCCAGAAUUGGAGGAAAACUACUGCCGAAAUCCUGAUUCAGACCCUGAAGGGCCUUGGUGUUACACAACUGACAAAAAUAUCCGACACCAGUAUUGUGGGAUCAAAAAGUGUGAGGAUGCUGUCUGCCUUACCUGUAAUGGAGAGGAUUACCGAGGAUCAGUGGACAGGACUGAGUCUGGAAAAGAGUGCCAGCGAUGGGAUUUACAGACACCGCAUGCACAUCCCUACAAGCCAGAAAAGUACCCUGAUAAAUCUCUGGAUGAUAAUUAUUGCCGGAAUCCAGAUAGCUCAGAACGGCCAUGGUGUUACACUACUGAUCCGAAUGUGGAGAAAGAAUUCUGCCGCAUCACAAAAUGCAAGAAGCAGCGAUUAUCCAAUAUAGAAAUAACAAGCACCUGCUUCAAGGAACGGGGAGAAGGUUACAGAGGCAAGGCAAAUACAACGACCUCUGGAAUCCCCUGUCAGCGCUGGGACUCCCAGACCCCUCAAUCGCAUCGCUUCUUGCCUGAAAAAUACCCUUGCAAGGGUCUGGAUGAAAAUUACUGCAGGAAUCCAGAUGGUUCAGAGGCUCCCUGGUGUUUCACCACACUUCCUGGCAUGAGGAUGGCUUACUGCUUCCAGAUCAAACGCUGCAAAGAUGAUGUUCUGGAACCAGAUUGCUACCAUGGCAAUGGGGAACUGUACAGUGGGCGAGUCAGCAAGACAAGGAAAGGAAUCAAAUGUCGCAGAUGGGAGGAAAAGCGGAAUGAUCUAGAGCUUUCCUUGGAUCAACCUUACCUUGUGCCCCUUGAAGAGAAUUAUUGUAGGAACCCGGACCGAGAUAGUCAUGGCCCCUGGUGUUACACAAUGGACCCCAACACACCCUUUGAUUACUGUGCCAUUAAACCUUGUGAGGGAGAGAAAGUGUUGACCUUAGAAGAAGCAGAAAGCAUUGUGUUUGAUUCCUGCGGUAAAAGGAAUGAUAGAAUUUUCCAAAAGUCCCGUAUUGUGGGGGGUGUUCCAGGAAAUUCACCGUGGACAGUGAGCCUACGAAAUAGACAAGGGGAGCAUUUCUGCGGAGGAUCCCUAGUAAAAGAGAAUUGGGUGAUCAGCACAAGGCAGUGUUUCUCCUCAUGUGAUGCUGACCUCUCUGGGUAUGAAGCUGUAAUGGGGACACUCUUCAAGAACCCAAGCCCUGAUGAUCCUGACAAGCAGUCUGUUCCUAUAAACAAAAUAGUGUGUGGACCGUCUGACUCCAGUUUGGUGAUGCUAAAACUAGAAAGGCCUGUUACCUUAAACUCACGUGUCGCUCUCAUCUGUUUGCCCCCGGAGAGAUACAUUGUUCCAGAGGAAACUAAGUGCGAGAUAGCUGGCUGGGGGGACACCCGUGGUACUGGACAUGAUAAUGUCUUGAAGAUCGCAACUUUUUAUAUCAUCAGCAAUGACAAUUGCAAUAAGAAUUACAGGAGUCAAAGGAACAAAGUGUCGGAUAAUGAGAUGUGCACAAAGCCAAUGCCGAUAGAUGCUGGAGCAUGUGAGGGAGACUAUGGAGGUCCGCUAGCCUGUCUGACCCAUGACUGCUUGGUUUUGGAGGGAGUCAUUGUGCCAGCGAGAGGAUGUGGAAAGAAGAACCAGCCGGCUAUAUUUACACGGGUCUCUGUAUAUGUUGACUGGAUCAAUAAAGUCAUGAAAAUGGUCUAAGAAGAGUAGCUGCCCAAACCUGCACUGCAACUUUCUCUCAGAAAAGACCAUUAAAAUGGAAGGGGAAGGGCACAUUGGGGCUGGUGUAACAUCAAAUGUAAGGGAAAGCCUAUUACAAUACUGUAAAUAUUAUAUAUAAAGGUUAGGGUAGGAUGACAAUAGGACAAACAUAAGAGGAAAGAAUAACCUUUAACUGUUCCUUUCAAUUGUUUAAAACUUGUGUAUAGGUACUGUAUAUGGGA